CCGUGGCGCUCGGUAGGGAUGGCGGUGCCGGGCCCGCACCGGGCCCGUUGGCUGCUGCCGCUGGCAGCGGCCGUCACCGUGGCGCUGGCCUGCCUGGUGCUGCAGGGCUCGCUGCUGGGCGCGGCGCUGGGCGCGGCCGGAGCCUGGUGUGCCAUGCGGCCCGGCCCGCCCGCCUCACGCUGGCCCGCCCCGCACCCGCCCGCACGGCGCCCGUACGGCAAAGCUGCCGCUAACGGAGGCCCGGCCGCUGGCGCCGUCCGAGUUGAGAGCCCCGUGUCCCGUCGCUACUGCCUCGAGGCCCCGCUGCCGACCGUGCGCCGCCGGUACCCGCUGCCGCCGGACCGGAGCCCCGGGACUGUUUUCCUGCCGGUCCGCUGGGACAGUCAGAUGCCCAGGGGCUCGCCAUGGGCCCGGCGCCCAGCCCCUCUCCGCAGCCCCGUCACUGUGAAGGUUGCCGGCCUGGCUCACUCUCCUGCCUUGACCCAGCAAAUCUUAGCUAGGAACUUCCAGGACAAAAGCAGCCCAGACCCCUGCGCCAAAGAGACCGUGCUCAGCGCCAUCAAGGAGUGCAGGAAGAGGCCCUUGCAGCAGGAGGACAACCAGGCUUUGGGAAGUGAUCAUGACAACAAGAGGAGGCGCUGUGGCGGCAGUGAAAGUGGGCAGUUGGCUAUAAAGACACCAGAAGCAAACGGUGCCCCUGCUUCUCUCGUACCAAAGCCUGAGGCUAUGAAGAGGGACCUUGACUCACACCACUCAGAGGAGUACUCAAAAUCGAACUUCUCUUCUCCCAGCAAAACAUACACUGCAGGCAUCCCAGGUUCUGAGCGCAAUGCCAUCGCCAGCUCUUACAGCUCAAGCCGGGGACUCCCACAGGUGAAGAGAAGGUGUUUGAGUGUGUCCCCACAGUCCAGCACAGCAUCCUCCUGCUGCGAGAUGCCAGAGUGGCCUCUUAAGAAAGGAAGGGAACGGGAGAUGCGGCAUUCCAAGACUUGCACUCCAGUAAAAUUGGACAAGGCUGUGCAGAUGGAGGAAGCUGUGGAGAGGGCUGAGCAGAAGCGGCAGCAGUCCCCGAGCCCACCACCAUCGCCGGGAAACGGAAGGCCACGCAAGAGGAGCAUCUGCCUGCUGGUGCCUUGGGAUAAUGAACCACUGGUGCUGCCCCCUGGGCCUGACCCCGGCUACCCCAUCACAGAGGAGAUCAUAGAGGAGGAGAGGAAGGCAGCGCAGCAGCGGUUGCACCGACUGCUGGGGCAAAAGGAGGCAGAUGAGGUCCCCAGCACCACUGCAGAGGGUAUGCCCAUGUCUGGGCCGCUGGCUUGCACCGUGACCUCCCCAUGGGCUGCUCCUGCCCCAGCUGGCACCAGCUCACUCCCGGACAGCCUGAAUCGGACGCAGAGCAGUGCGGCUGCGCCCAUGCUGGCAGACUCCACUGGAGCUGCAGUAGUGUCCCAGCCACUUUCAUCAGCUGCCCAGCUGCCUGCUCCGGCUCUGUCACUGGAGCUGCGUUCUCUGCCUGCCACCUCUGCUGACACCAAGUCUGUGCUGAGCACAUCUGCUCUGACUGUUCCUGGUGCCCCCAGCAGCACAGCAGCUCCUGCAUUCACAGAGCUGGGCCAGACUCCCAGCAAGCCUCCCUCCUUCCCAAAACCAAGCAUCCUUUUUGGGACGCCAGACACCACUCCCUCCAACCAGCUGGCAAUGAAUGCAGGCACUGCUGUGCCUACCACAACCCCUGUAUUCAAACCCAUCUUUGGGGAGAGCCCAGCCUCCUGUGCAGCUGUUGUCUCCACCACCGUCACCAUGUCUGUGAGCUCAGGCCCUUCCUCAACACCCUCUACCACCACCAUGUUCAAGCCCAUCUUCGGCAGUGUCAUCACAGCUUCAUCUUCAGCAAACACCUCUCCUUUUGCCUUCCAACCACCCCUGCAGCCGGCCUCGGGUGCAGAUCUGCCUGCGGCCUCCACAACAACCCUGGCAGGAUUCACAGGUCUCCCUAACGUCAUCUUCACCACGGCAGCUAUGACAGCCACCACAGAGAGUUCCUUCACAGACGCCACCAUCAAACCCGUCUUCAGCUUUGGUGUCAAUGCACCCACCUCCACCGGCCCCACCACCAGCCUGACCAUCACCACUGCCACAGCCACCAGCAUGUCCCAGCCCUUCCAGUUUGGGAGUCCAGCCACCUCAGCUCCCAGCACAGAAAUCAGCUUUGCCACCCCAGGGUCCGUGCUCCAGUUUGGAAAGCCAACACCAGCCACAGUCACUGCCACCACCACUAUCCCAGGAGGCCCUGCCUUUGGCCAAGUGCCUACAAACUUGAUGGCUCCUGCCACUACUGCAGGCUUUAGCAUAUUUGGUGGGACCACGCUGAGCUCUUCUACCCCAGCCACCACAAGCCAGGUGACACUGACAUUUGGCUCCCCUGCUUCAGCUUUUGGCAGUUGUGCUGGCGCAGCUGCGAGCCAGCCAGCCACCAGCCAGCCUGCUGCUGGCCCCGCCAGCUUUGCCUCCACAUUCAGCUUUGGAGCCCCUGCAGCCCAGUUGGCUGCUCAGCCAACAUUCGGCAGCAGUGCUCAGCCAGCCUUUGGCCCAGCCAGCACCCAGAGCUCCUUCGGCACCAGCAGCACCCAGGCAGCAUUUGGGAGCACCACAUCGGUCUUCUCCUUUGGGACAGCCACCUCCACCACCGCCAGUUUUGGUUCCACCACCCAGACCACGAGCAGCAGCACCACUGGCUCCACCAUCUUUGGCACCACCCCUUCUCCUUUCACCUUUGGGGUGACCACCCAGCCGGGACCCUCCACCAGUGCCUUCGGGGUGGGCACGCCAGCCCUGAGCAGCGGCUCCCCUGCUGCAGCUUUCAGCUUCGGGGCUGGGCAGAGCGGGGCAGCCCUGGCAGCAGCACCAUUCGGCUCCUCCCUGGCACAGAGCGCGCUGGGUGCACAGAGUCAGAGCACGCCCUUCGCCUUCACCAUGCCCAGCACCCCCAGCAGCAAGCCCGUGUUUGGAGGAACUCCUGCACCCACUUUUGGGCAAAGCACACCUGUCCCAGGAGCAGUGGGGAGUGGAAGCAGCAGCCUUUCCUUCAGGACUCCCAGCACUCCUGCCUCGGGCUUCGGAGGAGUCGGCCCUUCCUUUGGUUCGUCCACCCCCACCUUCUCCAUCGGGGCAGGAUCCAAGGCCGGUGCUCGCCAGCGGCUGCAGGCACGGAGACAGCAUACCCGCAAGAAAUAAUGGCCACUGCUGCUUGUCCCCCGCCCGAGGGGGCUCCAGUCCAGAGCAGCACCAAGGUGGGACCGGAGUGAUGGGGCCAGGCUCCAGCUGUGCUGCCAGCAAGAGACUGUGUUGGGUGGCAGCGCCUGAGGUGGUGAGCCAAAAACUUGUUACUUGAACAGUUCCACAGCCAAGGCUGGGUGAACCUCUGUACAUAUCUGCAGUGUUUCCUUCCUGGCUUUCUUUUGCCAUGUUUCAUUAGGUGUAACCUUUUCCCGAUGUGCUUCUCCUCACUGAGCACCCCCAGCCAGCCCCCACCGUGUGGCAUGGCACAGCCCCAUGGCUGCAGAGGGAUGCUGUCUUCACCAGGUCCGAAACCUUUCCCCUGUUUGAUCCCAUGGCCUAGUGAACACACUCCCUCUGCAGGGCUCUACUUUGUUGCCCUCCCUGCAGCAGUGGAGCUGGGGUUAGUGUCAGCCUGGCCUGGGCCCCCAGGUGCCGUGGGUGACCAGCCCAGUCUCCACAGUAGGGUGAUGGGUCCUCGUAGCCGAGGAUGCGCCGCACCCUGGUACCUCAGCCACGGAUGGGGAUCUUUUCCUCCCCAGCCCUCACUGCUCCCACUGCCCCACUCGUGUAAAGCCCUUUCUUGUUUUGCUUAUUUGUGCUCCCGUUCCCAUGCGCUCAUUGAAUCAAGUUUGGAGGAAGAACUGAUUGGUGUGUGUGGCGGCAUGUUGGUUAUGCCGGAUUUGCUGUAGGGAGUUUUAUUCUUUCAGGGAGCACCCGUCCCUCUUUCGGGGACAUGUCCUGGCUAAUUGGGUGUUGACAGCAGCAGCAUUGCUGUGUGGCUGUUUGUGCUGGGGCUUGUCCCCAUGCUGUGGGGACUGAAAGCAGCCAGGGCUGGGUGCUCCAGCCCUGGCAGUCUCUUCCCCUCCCCAUGUUUGGGUGCUCUGGAGCCAGCUGGGGAGUCCAGAGCGGAUGGGGAUCCUCCCCACAUCCAAAUUGGUUUCCAUCUGUGGCUCAUCCCCACCCGUGUGGGGUUUCCAGCUCCCAGGAGCUGUGGUGCUGCCUCCUUGGGGCCGUUCAGUGGCAGAGGGGCAGAGACUGCCAGAACCAGGGGUCACCCAAGAGCUGCACCCCUGCCUGUGGUGGUCCCCACCACCUCCAGGAGGGCUUUGCUGCCAGGUCUUUAUUCUCCUAGACGUGUGAGUGUGUGUGUCGGGUGGAGUCUAAAUUACAGAAAACCAACAAAUAUUUAAAUGUUUUUUAAUGAAAUAAAACUUUAUUUUUAUAUUUAAGCUCAAUUGCCUUUGAGUUCCUUCUAGCUUGGUUCAGUGAGAGCGCAGACCCUGGAGCACUGUUGGUAGUGUUCAGAUGUGCUGGCCCCUGCCCAGCAUGGCCCAAGGGACUUGGCUGUGCUGGGGAAAGGCAGCUUCAUCCCGUGGACUCUGCUGCGCUCCCCAGCCUGUUACAGCAUCUCCUUCCUUCUAAACUGGGAUGUACAUGGAUGUGACUAAACAGGUUUUGUUUAUUUUUGUUCUUCUCCAAGGAUGAAGAGCAUUCUGAUGGUGAGGGGCUUUCUGGGCCACCAGGACCAAAGUGUGGGUUCUGACAUUUCUGUUGAGCAUUUUUACUGUUGUUCUAUUAUUCUAGAAACGUUCUGCUAUUGUACUACUAUCGUUUUGGUUUCCUCUUGUUUUACUGUGAAUGUGCAAUUUUUUCCCCCUUGCUUUUUAUGUCCCCCAUUUAAAAUAAACAGACUGUGUUCACA